AUGAACUUGAGAGAUCAGGUUUAAUUAUUGGAUGUCGACCAAUAAAUUGAAUUCAAUCAAAAAAAUUGUUGUAACAUAUUUUUUUUUGGUUGGAUAUAUCGAUUAUUAGCAGUACUUAACUAUUUUGAAUUAUUAACUCUAGAUAGGUAGAAAGAAGCCGCUCACGCAAUCAGAUAUGACAAUCAUCGAUCAAGACUGCAAUAUGGGGACAUCGUAUGAAAAAUUCUCCUCGGUAGAUAAAUAAUAAUGCUUGUGGCAUCAAUUGUUGUACUCUUUCAAAGGUAAUAACAUAUUGUAUUGAUUUUAGGGUUGAUUUUAUUCUGCACAAUUCUAUAUUUAUUAAUUGCUCUUCUUUCUUCCUGUUAGCCAUUCAUAACCAAACAUUCCAUAUAAUUUUUUUCUUAUAACUUGGAUCAAAAGCCUUCAGCAGCAAGUAUGUUGCUUUUUGUUACUAUUUAACUAAUUUAUAAGUUAUUUCUUUCAUUACUUAAACCUUAUUAAUCCUUUUAUAUAUGUUUACUGAGUAUUAAAUUGCAAGGAGCUUUAUCUUAGGAAAUCCUAUUAAAGACUUUAAAAUUUCCUAUAUAGAGAUCAUAACAUUAUUCAACAGGAGAACUUAUUAAUAUGAUGCAAGUUGAUAUACAUUAGGCUUCGAAUUAUUUUUAUUAUGCUAUUAUUUUAUUUACAGUGCCUCUAUAACUAUUUAUUGCUUUCAUAGUUGUCUUUAUUACAUUAAAAGACUAAGCGCUUAUUCCAGCAAUUGGUUCAGUUUUACAAGCAGUUAUAGGAAUAUUAUUUGGAAUUUUUUAUGGAAUACUCUAAAAAAGAUAUAUGGUAGCCAAAGAUAAUAGAAUGAAAGCUGUUGAUGAAGCCCUCAGUUAUGCAAAAUAAAUAAAACUGAAUACGUUAGAAGAAUUUUUUGAAUAAAGAGUAUUAAUUAUAAAAAUUAUAGAUAAGAAUUUAUCGUGAAAAAGAAUUGCAGCAAUUGAAAAAUGAAGUUUUGAUGAUGAUAUUUCUACCCCUUAUUCAAAGUUUAGUUGCUAUCUUAACAUGGGAAUUGGUAUUCUUUUUAACAAACCCAAUUGACUUCGAUAUUAUUAAUAUCAUGAUGUCAAAUUACUCCAACAUUUCCAAUAUUUUAUCUAAUUUACCCUAUUAAUAUAAAAGCUUCUAAGUAUCAAGAAACUCAAUGGCAAGAUUAAAUAAUUAUUUUGAAUAGAAGGAAUGUAAUGUUAUAGAAGGAUUGAGUGAAAGUGAUAGUGAUAGUAAUUUUGCAAUAAAAAUAAAUAAAGGUGUUUAUAGUUGGAAAUCAAACGAUUAAAUGAAUUAAGAUGUUAUAGAAAUCAAAGAGGAAAAUGAAAAAAUAAAUGAUAAUAAUGUCUUUAAUAUAGAUAUAGAUGUAGAAAUAAAAAAAGGAUAAUUUGUUGCAUUUGUUGGAAAGUAUUUAAUUUAAUUUAUAAAUUAAUUAGUUCUGCUUCAGGGAAAUCUACAAUUUUGAGAUCUAUUUUAGGAGAAACUGAUAAAUAAUCAGGUAAUAUUAUAGUCAAUGGAACUGUUAGUGUAGCAACUUAAGAACCUUGGAUUAUUAGUGGAAGUAUCAAAAAGAAUAUCACUUUCAUGAAUUCUUUUGAUGCUCUUAGAUAUAAAUAAGUACUUAAGAUUUGUGGAUUAGAAAGAGAUAUUGCAUCAUUUAAAAAUGGAGAUGAUACUAUUUUAGGAGAAAAAGGUGACAAUUUAUCUGGAGGAUAAUAAAAAAGAAUUAAUUUAGCUAGAGCCAUUUAUAAUAAUGCAGAUAUCUAUUUAUUAGAUGAUCCUACAAGUGCUUUAGACAUUAAAGUUAAAUAUUAAAUACAUUAAUAAUGUUUUUAUGGAUAUCUGAAAAAUAAAACCAGAAUCCUAUUUACUAAUUCUGUAUCUAAUUUAUAGGAUUGUGAUAUGGUGUAUUUUAUUGAGAAUGGAAGAAUUGUUAAAUAAAGCAAAAUUCCUCAAAAUAUUAGUUCAAAUGGAAAUCACCAAACGUAGUAAAAUGAAAUGGGGGAAAAUUAAAAUGGAUAGAAAUUAGUGAAACCUGAAUUUAUUGAUAAUUAAGAGGCAAGUUAGAGUUUAAUAUAAAAAGAAGAUUAAGAAUAAGGAAAUAUUUCCCUCACAGUUUACAAAUAAGUUUUUGUUUAUAUUGGCAAAUAUUUUGCACCUCUAUGUACUUUGGUGUAUUUCGCAAUAGUUUUAGGCUUUUAACUUUAUGGUAAUGAUAAGUUAGCCUAAUAAAACGUAUCAAAUGAAGAGUAUAAAAAAAUUGCCUAAAUAUAUUAUCCAAUUACUUAAUUACCUGUAAGUCUAGCAGUUGUAUUAAUUAAUGCUUAUUAUUUAUUGAUGGGUUUAUCUACCUCAAGAAAAAUUCAUGGUUCCAUUAUCAAUCGAUUACUUAAUGCAUCUUAUACAAAAUUUUAUAAUACCAUACUUAUAGGAAGGCUAAUGAAUAGAUUAAGCAAAGAUAUUUACAAUAUCGACUUAGAGUUUCCUAAUGAAGUCUAAAAUUUUAGUAUUUAAAUAAUAAAUCUAUUAAUUCCAUUAGUAGAAAGCUUCAUAUAUUUAAAUGUUGCUGCUUUACCUUUGCUGCUUAUUUUUUUCUCCGGCUUAAUUUAUUUAACAAUAAUAUACUAUAGAUGUUUAAGAGAGAUAACAAGAAUUGAAGCAGUUUCAAAAAGCCCAAUAUUUUCCUUCUUCUAAUAAAUUGUAAGAGGUAUAACAUACGCAAGAACUUGCCUGCCAAUAGAAAAAAUAGUUGUUUAAUAGUAAAUAAAUGUCGAUGCCGACUUGGGUAAUUAAAUUAACUUAGAUGGGAUUCAAUAUUGGUAUUAAUCCUUGGCAGGAUCAUCUACAAACAUAUUUUAAGCUUUUUUAUUUAUCAUAUGUGUAAAUUAUUUGUUUUUAAUUUAGUUUUUUUUUCCAGGGAAAAAUAGCGAUAAAACCUUUCUAGUUUUAAAUAAAAUGUAAGAGCUUUCACUUUUAGUACUGAAUGCGUCAAUAUCCUACGGCAAUAUAUAAAUGUAUCUAAUAAGCUUUGAGAGAUGUCUACACUUAGCUAAGUACUUAAUAUUUAAAAAUAAGUAAUGUCGAAUUGGAUGAAAGAUUCCUUCCUCGAAUAUCUGAAUAAGACGAGGGUUUAGAAUAAAAAGAAAGUGAAAACACAGUUUUAAAGCUUGAAAAUUGUACUUUUCAAUAUAGACCUUUCUCAAAAAGUGUUUUACAACAAUUAUCCUUUAAAUUAAAACAUAAAGAAAAAGUAUACAAAUUUAAUAAGUUUAGAUCGGAGUCGUUGGGAAAACUGGAUCAGGCAAAAGCUCUAUAAUUUUGGCUUUGACUGCUAUUUUAGAAUAGAUAGAAGGUUCAAUUGAAAUUGAAAAAAAAAAAAUUGAUCAAUAUUCAAUAAAAGAAUAAAGAUAAAAGUUUGGAAUAAUUCCAUAAGAUCCAUUAAUUUUUAUGGGAAAUUUAAAAUAAAAUUUAGAUCCUUUAAAUAAAUUUGAAGAGUCACAUAUCUAAGAAAUAGUUUAAUAAUGCGGACUAUUAGAGAUGUAGAGUUUUAAGCAAUAAGGAUUAUAUAGUGAAAUUGCAUUAUAAGGUAGUAAUCUUUCUUUGGGUGAAAAACAAUUAUUAAACAUUGUUAGAUGCAUAUUAGAAAAUAAAAAUAUUGUUUUAGUUGAUGAAGCUACUUCUAAUAUAGAUUCAGAAACGGAAGAACAUGUUAAACAAGUAAUUCAUUUUAUUUAUUAUUUUUUUAGUUAUUUUAAAAAUAUUUUUAGAAUGUUACUAUGAUUUCAAUUGCUCAUAAAGUAGCUACAAUCAUGAAUUCAGAUAGAAUUAUGGUUUUAAAUGAUGGAUAAAUUACUGAAUUUGACCAUCCUUAAAAAUUAUUAGCUGAUCCCAAUAGUGAAUUUAAAUAAAUUAUAGAUCUAAUAAAGCAUUCUGAUAAUAUGUGA